UCUGUCUUUGUCACCUUUUGUUACAUCCAACGGAUCAUGCAAGAACUGUGUUUCAAAAGUGCACAGAUAAUAAAGAACUAUUAGGGUUGGUUAAUUUUUCUAGGAUAUCAUAUCAUAUUCGCGCACGAGAAGUGUUUUAGUUUUCUACUCUAGUAUAUUUGUUUCCAUCUGCAAUGAAAACGAUUAUGAUAGGUGGCGUUACAGAAGAUCCUCGAGCUAGUCUUCUAAGCGCGGUCGUCCAAUCUGCAUUUGAAGACAAGCUGCAGAAUCAGAAAUCAAGAAUCCAACAAGAUAACAAAAGAUUGGAGGAAGAGAUGAAUGUGUCAUCAAGAUCAUCAUCAUCAUCUUCAUUGCAGAAGCUUGGAUGGCCACUUCUCCGUAGUCGGUUGCAUACAGAAACCUCAAGAGACAUGUCUGUCGUGCAAUGGGUAAUGAACUUACCAGACAGGUCUUCAUCUCAAAUUGAGGACAAGAGCUGUAAGAAAGUUAACAGUUUCAGUAGCUGCAAAAGGUUCAGCUUCGAGAUUCUCAAUUCUUGCACGUGUCAAUUCUCCGAAGAAAAUGUGAUUGGAAUCGGAGGUAGCAAUCGCGUGUAUAGAGGAACCCUCCCUAAUGGAAAACAAGUAGCUGUCAAAGUUAUGCAGUCAUCAAAAGAAGCCUUCAAAGAUUUUGUUCUUGAAGUCGAAAUAAUGUCCUCAUUGAACCAUGCAGCCAUUGCUCCUUUACUCGGAAUUUGCAUUGAAAAUGGAUCUUUGAUAUCUGUUUACGAUUAUUUCCCCCAAGGAACGUUAUACCAAAAUCUACGCGGUAAGAACGAGGAUGAAUCUAUAUUGCCAUGGGAGAUAAGAUUUAAGGUAGCUGUUGGGAUCGCGGAAGCAUUGAACUAUCUGCAUAACCAAAUCUCAAGGCCUGUUAUACAUAGAGAUGUCAAGUCUUCCAACAUUCUUCUUUCCCGCGGAUUCGAGCCAAAAUUAUGUGAUUUUGGACUUGCUAUGUGGGGACCAACAACUUCAUCGUUUACGAUACAAAACGACGUAGUAGGAACCUUUGGUUAUCUUGCACCUGAAUAUUUCAUGUAUGGAAAGGUGAGUGACAAGAUAGAUGUAUAUGCCUUUGGUGUUGUCCUACUUGAGCUCAUAUCAGGGAGAGAACCGAUCCACUCGAAAGCUAGCAAAGGACGCCAGAGUUUGGUCGCGUGGGCAAAACCGAUUUUAGAGAGUGGAGAUGUUAAAAGGUUAAUGGAUACAAAUUUGCAAGGAAAGUUUGAUGUAGAGCAAAUGAACAGAAUGGUUCUUGCAGCGUCGCUAUGCUUAACACGGGCUGCGCGGCUUCGUCCUACAAUGAAUAAGAUACUAAAUAUAUUGAAAGGAUGCGACGAGAAAGAUGAAAACAUGUUUAAAUCUCAAGAGAGUAAACACGAUCAUUCUGAAAAUCAAGAAAACGUUGACGAUGAAGUUUAUCCGAAAUCAAAUGCAGAAUUACACCUAAACCUUGCAUUAAUUGAUGUUGAGAAUGAUGCUGCAUCAUAUAGUAAGUAUAAAGAGCAAUAAUUAACUAAUAAAUCUAUCUUCUCAACUAUGAAUGUUUGGAAGAUUUAGAGACAUGGUUUCCAUUUGAAGUUUUGAUUUAUAACCAUAAACAAAGUGAAAU